AUGAAUAUCAGCCUCAUCCCUGAUUCGAAUCAUAUCAGCAUGCAUGGAACCACCAGAACGUGCUCGCAGUACAGCCUUUCUGGCAAUAUAAUCAUUUCUAUCCCUCCUCUACAGCGCAAGAAGCUCCGGAUACACUCGCUCUCUGUCACCUUCCAAGGCUGCUCCCAGUACAGCGAUGCUGAAGGCAGACUCAGUUCUCACCGCCUAGCUCACAAUUCUGACCAGAUCAUUAAGCGGGGCAGCGAGCCUUCCACUUUCGAGAAUGACUCAGAACACCCAAUCAACGUUUCUGUCGUCUUUGAUCUACGUUUGAAUGGCUGGCUGCCACCAAGUAUGUCCCUGCCAUCCUCACGUACCUCUUACUCCUUAUUCGCAAAGAUGGAGUCCACCGUUGAAGCUGCUGAGAACAAACGCAACUCGCUCCUCUGGCCUCUCAACAACUCCAUCAAGAAACACACUGUGCUCGCGCCUGAGUGUGAGAUAUUCAUCAGCCGCCACCGCAAUCAGCACCUCCGCUCACGCGUGCACAACAUAAAGUCGCAAUGCCCCACACACGACACACGCGACUUCAAACCCGUGCGUAUUGGGAUCAAGACGCCCAUGUGGUAUUUCACCGACGACGACGAGCUCAAGUUGGAUAUAUUUACGGGGCUUGUGAGUGAUGAGGAGGGCGAUAAUUGUGAAAGCGGUGAUAAUGGGAGCAGGCGCAAUGCAGGUGGAAAUGGAAAUGGAAAUGGUCACGCGACACAGGCGCGUCUCGAAAGUCUCCAACUUGGCUGCAUCGAGGAGAUACACUACACUUCAGAACCACGUCAACGCUAUCUAGCCACAUACCCGCUCCCACAAUGCCAACCACCGCAAUACCCACUCAUCCCGUUUGCUCACGCAUACCAGGAACACGCGCUGAGCGAUAUAGCUAACACGCUUGGGAUAAGCAGUGUCCCCACAUCCUACACGCGCUCACGCCUAGUCGCACGUGGCGUAGGUCCCCCGCCUGCCACAGCGGCUUUUGCGACGCAUACGUUCGGUGAGGAGGGCGUAGAUAUUGGGGGGAAGCUCACCGCACGCAUCGCCCUCACCUUGCCCAUGCCCACCAAGGGGGAGCGUGAGGGAGGUCAGACAAAGGGUCAGGAGCUACACAACAACACUGAAACUGACUCGGACAAGCACCCACAUUCACACUCACACGCUGCCACCUCAUCCCCUUACCCUGACUGCGAGACGCCGUAUGUAAAAAUAAGACACGCGCUGCGGCUUAUACUCAAUAUUGUGCGCAAGAUUCCCGGAGACGGUGAAUGGCGGGGGGAGAGCAUUGACAUUACCAUACCGGUGUGGUUCAGCAGACGCUCGAACGAUAGCAUGCUCGAAGUGCAAGCGCAGCGCUUGGCUCUACUCAAAAGCAAAGGUCUCCUUCCACCCUCACAGUUGCCCGCAUAUAGCCAGCUGUACACGGACGAAGGGACGCAGGUGGAGGAUGAGGAAGGCCCACCGCGUUACAACAAGCAGCCUGAUUCUACGGAAGAGACUCUGCUGCUGGCGGAGGAAGUCAGGAGAGGUGUGCAUGUCCCACCGAGACUGGAUCUCAGCGGUCAUAAUAACACCAACACCACCUUCUUCGAUUACACCUCAGGCGUCAACUCGCCCAUCUCACCAGAACCUUUCGUCAUCACCGAACGUUCAUCUUCUCUCGUAUAA